UCCUAGAAACGAAAACACUCCCUAAAAGACAGACAGCUGCAGACACCAGCCAAGACACCUCCUGGUUCCACAGAGCACACAGCGAAACCUCACCGUCACACCGGAGCUGAGCGAGCAGACCGCCCGGUGUUGUUUACCAGGUUGUUUCUGUCGGUUCAAAACAAGAGAAAGCGGAGGGGGGACUGCUGCCUGCCGCUGGAACUACACUGCAACGCAUCUGCGCAGCACAGAAACGAAGAGGCUGAAAAGACGUCGCAUCAAUGUUUAUAAAAAUGCCGUUUUCCGUUAACGGCAUCCUUUGCACGCUCGCGCUGCUGGUCCUGUGGCGGGCGGAGGAGCUCGCGGAAGCGUGCAGCUGCGCUCCGGUACACCCGCAACAGGCGUUCUGCAACGCCGACGUAGUGAUUCGAGCGAAGGUGGUGGGCGAGAGAGAGGUGGAUUCUGGGAAUGAUGUCUAUGGGAACCCCAUCAAGAGGAUCCAGUAUGAGGUCAAACAGAUCAAGAUGUUCAAGGGACCUAACCAGGACAUCGAUGCCAUCUUCACUGCUCCUGUGUCUGCUGUCUGUGGCGUUACCUUGGAUGUCACCGGCAAGAAGGAGUACUUGAUCUCAGGCAAGGCCGAGGCCGACGGGCGCAUGCAUGUGACCCUGUGUGAUUACAUCAUGCCCUGGGACUCCUUGAGCAACACCCAGAAGAAGGGCUUGAGCCAGCGCUACCAGAUGGGCUGUGAUUGCAAGAUUGUGCGCUGUCCCUCUUUGCCCUGCGAGAUCUCUGCUCCUGAGGAGUGUCUGUGGACGGACAUGAUGAUCGAGAAGCAGGUACACGGACGCCAGGCCAACCACUACGCCUGCGUGAAGCGGGUGGACGGCUCCUGCUCCUGGUACCGCGGCAUUGCGUCGCCCAAGAAGGAGUUCCUGGACGCUGACGACCCUUAGUCGCGUGGCACGCCUGACUGCCCACUGUCUGGAAAAUAAAUGUAAACGGUUCCAUUGAAAUUAAAGAUAACAACAUCAGCAAAGUGAUUUCUGUUUAAAAAAGGCAAAGCUUAUGUGACUGAAAUUACCUGCUGGUCUGAAAACAACCUUCAUCCUCUCUUUGUAUUUGUUGUCUGUUAGCAUUUCAGUCAGAGAAAGCGACCUCAGCAUUGCUCAACUUUAACUGAAGAGGCUCGGAGGUUCUUCUCAGACACAGCGGUUCUGUAAAAACAAAUAAAAUCGCAUCAUGAGACAUAGACUGGUCAAGUGAUGAUGUAACUUCCUCCUGAGGCUGGCGUCAGGAGGAUAUAAAUUCUCGGUGAGACAGAGCACUUCCUGCCCCGCAAAGCGCUUUAACAGCUCUGCCCUCCGACUCCAACAAUCAAUCCCCGAUCUACGGACGAUCAUUCGUUACCCAUCGUGUUUCUUACUUUUAUUACCUCAUUCUCUAUUUUAUUCCAAAGCCAAAUUCCAAGUUGCCUUUUUUUUAGAUGAUUGUCGCGCUCUCUCUGUCCGAACACUUUUAGUUACUCUCUCGUCUUCUCUGCUGGGACUCCCACGACAGGGUUUUCUUUUAAAAGAACAUGAGUCAUCUUGCAUGGCUGAUCUUUUCUGGUUUCAUUCGGUGAAAAGUCUUCUCUUGUGGUGAUUUUAAGUCUGUGAUCGUCACAGGCCUCACUGGACCAGUCUAUGCUGUGUAAAGAUGAGCACUUUAAAUUUAAAAACCUGCUCUCUGCCCCGCAGUCCAAUCAGAAAUAUCCCAAAUUUCUCUUCUUCAUCUCGUCUUCACCCCUCUCCCUUGUUACCCCCACUAUGUAGCUGUACAGUACCUAUGCAUAUACUAGUUUUGUUGUUACUUGAUGAUUAUUAUUUACUGCAUUAGAACUAGAUUUGCACUUUUUUGAGGAUCCAGUAAAGACAAGAGCCUGAGCACUCUGAUGUGACAGUUAUUAUAGUUCGCCCCGACCGACAGAUCCACCUCAGGUGCAGAUUUCUCCUAUUUUGAGUGCUUUUGGUGAUCCCUAUUCACUUAUUCUUGCUAUCUUUGUCAUAACAGAUAAAAUAGUACUUGCAAUAGAAGAAAAACAAAAAAUGUGGCGCGUGAGAGGUUCGGAUAUAAGGGAUCUUUUUGCAGGUUUUAUGUGUGAAAGAGAAACAAAAAAGAGCUUUGUUGGAUGUUAUUUCAGUGUCUUUGUAUUAUCUGUUGAUUGUAAAUGCCAACAGCAGUUUAAUGAUUUGCCAAUAUAUUCUCGCAGACGGUUCAUUUCAUGAGUAAUAAGGUCUUUACAUGCUUAAUGUUAGCUUUGACUCAUCUUUCCUGCUCCUUCCAGUUAUUAAUAAAAGCUUUAUCGCUGUCAUAGAAAGCAAGUUACUCAAUCAAAGUUUACAGUGCUGUUUUAUACACCUCAAGCUAACAAAAAAAUAUAUAUAUGAUGGAGUAUUAGAGGCAUAAUUUAAAAGUAAACUCUUUCCAUUUUCCAUUACUUUGUGUUUUUUUCAGUGUUAUUAUUAUACCUGUCAUGAUUUCUGUGUGUUUUCGCUGUCUUUGUCUACGAUGUGUUUAGCUGUAGUGUCGAGGUGAGAAGGUCCUCUUGCGCUGGAGUAACGUGAGAGUGAGAGAGAUUAAUCAUUUUUGGAGAGGUGUAGAGAAAUGAGAAAUGGGUACCUUGUGUGAAUAGAGGACUGUGCAUGUGUUUGAUGCUUUGUGUAAGUCCGGGCGAAGGACAAAAUAUUCAGUAUUAUCAAAUAAAAACCACACGUUUGAAAGAAUAAA